AUAAUAUUAAAACAACCGACUAAGCUGAGCUGUAUAGCUAUUCGGUCAGUUAAGCGAGACGGUACCUUUCCAAAGCUGCUUGGUGAUUCCAAUGGCGAGCAAUGCUGCUGGCUCUUCAUCAUCUGCUUCUCUGGAACAAGGAUUUGAAGAGGAAGAUGAGUUGUUGAUGAUGAUACAGGGUUCGGAGUCAGGUUGGGUCGAGGCCCGAACAUCUUGUGAUCACUUGGGUUCGCUAUCCUCCGAUCUCUCUCACAUCCCAACUGCUGAUAAUCCCUGCAACAGGUGCCACCAUCCCAGUGAAAAUUGGCUGUGCUUGUCAUGUAAGGAGGUUCUUUGCAGCCGUUUUGUGAAUAAGCAUAUGUUGCAACAUUAUCGUCAAAUGAAUCAUUGUGUGGUUCUCAGCUAUAGUGACCUGUCAAUCUGGUGUUAUGCCUGUGAUGCAUAUUUAGAUGCCCAAGUGAUUAUGCAGUUGAGGCCUGUGUACGAGACCGCAUACAUCCUGAAAUAUGGAGAGGCACCUCCUUUUCGUACAGUUGAGUCCGGUUGGGUCGAGGCCCGAACAUCUUGUGAUCACUUGGGUUCCCUAUCCUCCGAUCUCUCUCACAUCCCAACUCCUGAUAAUCCUUGCAACAGGUGCCACCAUCCCAGUGAAAAUUGGCUGUGCUUGUCAUGUAAGGAGGUUCUUUGCAGCCGUUUUGUGAAUAAGCAUAUGUUGCAACAUUAUCGUCAAAUGAAUCAUUGUGUGGUUCUCAGCUAUAGUGACCUGUCAGUCUGGUGUUAUGCCUGUGAUGCAUAUUUAGAUGCCCAAGUGAUUAUGCAGUUGAGGCCUGUGUACGAGACCGCACACAUCCUGAAAUAUGGCGAGGCACCUCCUUUUCGUACAGUUGAGUCCCGUUGGGCCGAAGCCCGAACAUCUUGUGAUCACUUGGGUUCCCUAUUCUCCAAUCUCUCUCAUAUCCCAACUCCUGAUAAUCCUUGCAACAGGUUUGAUUUUCAUCUCCCUCUCCCACCUAUUCCGCUUCAAAACUUGAAUUCCAGUAACAACUUCACUACUUCCAGUUCCGGCUUCCAAGGAAUUUAA